CUAUUUUCUUAUUACUAUUCUUGACUUGAAACACACCUAUAUAUAUAGAGAAACACGUUAUACCAUUUUCUCAUUCAACUCGUAAAUCAAGAAGAAAGAAACCAUACUUGUAAACACACAUACAAUACCUGCAACAUUUCUUUUUUCUUUUCAAAAUGAAGAAUAUUCAACGUCAGCUAUCUUCAUCUUUCAUGAAAUUCUUGGAAGACAAGAACAGAGACCUAGAGGCUGUGUUUGCUUACAUGGAUGCAAACAGAGAUGGUAGAAUCUCUGCUGAUGAGCUUAAGAAGAGUUUCAUGACAAUGGGAGAGCAAAUGUCUGAUGAAGAAGCCGAGGCUGCUGUUAAACUGUCUGAUAUAGACGGAGAUGGGAUGUUGGAUCUUCAUGAGUUUGCUCAGCUUAUCAGAGGGAAUGAUGACUUCACAGAGGAAGAGAAGAAGAUGAAGAUAAUGGAAGCUUUUAGAAUGUAUAUUGCUGAAGGUGAAGAUUGCAUUACCCCUGGAAGUUUGAAGAUGAUGCUGAUGAAGCUAGGUGAGUCCAGAACCACUGAUGAUUGCAGAGAUAUGAUUCAAGCUUUUGAUCUCAAUGCUGAUGGAGUUUUAAGCUUUGAUGAGUUUGCCCUCAUGAUGCUUUAAGCUUUGUUGUUUCGU